UCAUGCUGCUGCCAGGUCCAGAGUCUCUCAUGGGUCCCUGUACGGCCUCCCAUUGCUGCUGUCUCCAUCGCCACACUCUGCCAUGUGCCACUUUCAGGUCUCCUCACACUGCUGGUGUGUUACAUUUUUUGUCAUAGGGUGCUGGCAGAUUAUGGGCCUCCCAUUGCUGCUGCCAGGCACGUAAUCUGCCAUGGGCCCCCGUACCGACUCCUCAUGCUGCUGCCAAGUCCAGAGUCUCUCAUGGGUCCCUGUACGGCCUCCCAUUGCUGCUGUCUCCAUCGCCACACUCUGCCAUGUGCCACUUUCAGGUCUCCUCACACUGCUGGUGUAUUCCAUUUUUUG